UUCCCAACACUUGCAGUGUCCCAAGCAAUAGAACUUGUGUCUUUAGUCUAUCCUUGGACAGGGUUUUCUUCAGUUCACAUUUGCCAAGCAUCUUCCGUGAAAUUUCCAGCUAUUAUUUGUAUCAUCUCCUCUUCUCUUUAGCCGGCUCACUCUUGUAUCAUCUCACAGAAUUAGCUCUGCAAUUGAACUGAUUUGCUGCUACUUGUAAUGUUCUCGGCUUAGCUAAUUAAUUUGGUUAUCAAUCAGGGUUUGUGUCUUCUACAAUCUCUUUGGUAAAAUUUACAGGAAAUAUCCAUUGCAUCCCUCUGGUUAUAGAUAACUAGCCAUGAAAUAUUUAAGCUAAGCGGUUGCUACUUUUAAUUUGGUUAUGGACAUCCAUUUCUUCAAUUUUGCCCACUAAACCUGCAGAUUCAUUCACAGGCAUUUGCCAAGCAUCUUCCAAGAAAUUUCUGGCUAAAAUUUGUACACGUUCUCUCUCCUCUUCUCCUUGGCUGACUCACUUUUUAUCAUCUCACAGAAUUAGCCUUGCAAUUGAAUUGAAUUGAUUGCUGCUAUUUCUAAUUUUCUUGGCCUGUCUGAUUUGGCUGUCAAUAAGGGUCCAUUUUCUGCAACUUCUUCAGUGACACCAGGAGAGUCAUUCAUUGGCAUUUUCUAGGAAAUUUCGAGCUAUAAUUUGGACAAGUUCCCUCCUCUUCUGCUUAGCUGGCUACAAUUUUUAUCAUCUAGCAAAAUUAGCUUUGCAAUUGAAUUGAUUUGCUGCUACGUCUAAUUCUCUUGGCCUUGCUGAUUUGGUUAUCAUUAUCCAUUUUCUGCAAUUUCUUUGGUGAAACAUACAGGUAUGCCAUCUAAAUUUUCGAUCUUGAUUAAGUUAUAUUCUCUUUAAGAUAUAAAAUAAAAAUAUCUAAAAUUUUUAACAAAUACAUAUAACUUUAUUGGCAAAGACUCUUCACUUUAGUUAGGAUAUUCUUCAUUUUUAAAUUAUUUUUAAAUUGACUUUAUAAGCUGAUGGGCCGCCACUUGUAAUUUGGUUAUCCUCAUUCAUUUUUUCAAUUUCUUAUGCUAAACUCACAUGUAACACUAAUUAUCUUGAUCUUCAAUCUUGACUUUAUUAUGUUCUCAUUGAUGUAUAGAGGUGAAUGGCCUAAAUCCAUCCUUCAAGGGAGCUCUUUCUUUUUAGAUCAUUAAGGUUAUCAUGCUUGAUAUAAUAAAUGAAAAAGUGAGAUUUGAGGAAAAGUUUAAGAUUGUUUGAAAUUAUGCUUUGUUUCUUGGUCUUUCACAUUGGAUGGUGAUGAUGUUUUCGUUAUUUUUUUUUCAAAUGUAAAGAAGGGUUAAAUUUUAUAUUUGUAGUUAAAAAUACAUAUAAUUUUUUUACUAGAUCUCAUCGUCGAUAUUUUUGUGUUAACAAAUGUGGAGUUUUCCUCUUUUUUUUUUUCUUUAGAAUAUAUCUCGAAAUUUCAUAGGGGUUGAAGAUCGUUGGCAGUGGAGGCAUGCUUCAGAUAGGAAGUAUGUGGUGAAACAAGCUUAUAAGUUUUUAGAAUCCACGGAUGCUAUUCUUAAUGACUGGUUGUGUAAGUUAAUUUGGUGUCGAUUAGUACCGUCUAAAGUAAUUUUUUUUGGGUGGAGAUUAUGCCUUCAGAGACUUUCAACAAAAUGAAAUUUGCAAAAGAGAGGUGUGGAGUUAGAGGGGGGCUUAAUGUGUGGGCUGUGCAAGGAGGAAGUGGGAGAUACUAAUCAUGUGUUUUGUACAUUUAAAGAAGUGUGGUUAAUUUGGGUUAAGGUAUUGUUUUGGUGGGGUAUUGAGGUGGUGUUACUGUCUAUAUUGGAGGGGGUAGCAGAAUUUUUCCUGUAUGGGUUGGGAAAGGUGGUAGGGAAGGAAUUGGGAGCAAGUAUUUUUCUUGUUACAUUAUGGUAUAUAUGAUAUUGGAGGAAUUGUACAGUGUUCAAGGGAGAUGUGGCUCUUAAGGAGGGGUUGUUGGAUAUGAUACAGGAAAAGACGUUUUUCUGGGUAAAGAAUAAAAUGCAGGGAUGUGUAUUUUCUGUUUGGGAUUGGAAGUUAAAUCCAAAUGAGUGCGCUGCAGCUAUGAGAAAUCAUAAGAGGAGGCAGAAGGAGUUCCAUCCGCAUCAAAAAGGACGGGUAUAGAUGUAGAAGUAGCAAGAUGCUUUUUUUACUAUUUUUUUGUUUCCAUUGAUUAUAUUUUAAUUUUGUAAUUGGGUUAGAGUAUCUUUUGUACUGUACAUAAUAAAAUUGAAUUUUACUG